UGAGGAGGAAGUGUUGAGACAGCAAUAUGAGGGGAUGAUGAGGAAGAACUUCUCAGAGCGCAGUUGUUUCUGAGAGAGAGAGCAGUCUUCUUCUUCUUUUCUGGCAUAGAUUAGCUACGUUCACACAGGCUGGCUAGAGUGCGAAGGCAGGCUUGCUGCAGGAGUUACAUUAGUGUCUUUUGUCACCGAGGGCCGAGGACUGAGCCAGGACAGCGAAACAGAGGGACGGACAGCCAUGGCGAGUGAGAAAGUGACUGAGGUGGAGAUGGAGAAGAUCAGCCCGGCGGAAAGGAAAGAGAAUGAUUAUGUAGAGAAAGGCGAACUGCGAGAGACUAAAGCAGAAGAGAAAGAGGUGGAAGGGAAGGAAAAAGAAAAAACAGAAGGAAAAGAAGACAAAGAGAAAGAAGAAGAAGAAGAAGAUGAUCCUAUGUAUUCCACACUGAAUAAUCCAACAGAAGACAUCUACAGUUUGACUGAGCUGCCCGGUUCCCCCAAACAACACCAGAGUAAAGAUGUUCACAAGAAGGUCACUUUGUACCGGAGACUCUGCGUCAUUCUCCUCAUCAUCUGCGUGGUGCUGCUGGCUGUGCUUCUGGCGCUGGCUGUGAAAUUGUCCGAAGCACAGUCCAGUCAGCGGCCGACAGUUGAGAGCUCCGUAGCACCAGCGGAUUGCAGCCUCCAGGCAUGUGAGGCGUUGUUUCCGCACCGCAGCGAUAACACAGAAGAACCCCGGCACGAGAAUCAUGCAAGACUGUGGUGCUCUGAGUGUGGAAAAAGCUGGCUGAAGUUUGACAACAGCUGCUACUUGCUGUCUCGGGCGCGCCUCACCUGGCAGGAGAGCAGGAAGGAGUGCCAGAAUUUGGGAGGAGACCUGGUCGUCAUUCGCAACGAACGUGUGCAGAAAUUUCUGACUAACAAGGGACUCAUGCAGUACUGGAUCGGUCUCCACCGUUCAGAAAAUCAGGAGUGGACCUGGAUUAACAAUACCGCGCUAACCACAGGUUAUUGGGCCAAAAGCCUUCAGGAGGGCAACUGUGUGUUCCUGAGCGGAGGGAAGAUGCCCAAAGGCAACUGGCAUAAAAGCCAAUGCUCAGUCUACUCAAACUACAUCUGCCAGAGAGGUUAAAACUGGAGACAUGAACCAUCAUCUUCCUACAGCUGUUACAUCUGCCUUUAAUCCAAUCAGUUAAUCUCCUUUACCUUCCACACAUGCAGUUCACACACUAUAAGACAGAAAUCAACACAUGAAGCAUAAUCCGUUCCGCGAUGAGCAAUCAAGUAGACAUUUCUACAUCAGCAUUAUGAGAUGUACAGUAGAAUUUAGAAAAAUGAGGUGAACUAAGUAUAUUCAUUGAAAGUGGCUUUGUGCUUAUUUUAAUGAUGUCUUUUAAUUGCACUAAUUUUACAGCAUAAAAUUGCACUAAAUUGCACUAAAAUUCUCCUACAGAAUGUAUUAUAAAUUUAAAAGAACGCCAGUGUAGCUGCCUUUUAAUUAAGUGGUGAGACGUCUUUGUCUUUUUACCAUGAUUAAAAAUCCCACUGUAUUGUCUGUGAUCUGUAAUUUAGUCUCUAUGUGACGUGAUUUUCAAAUAUGACGUAGUUGUCAUUGAAUAAAAUACAUUUCUUUUACACUU